UUUGUAAAUAAGCGGAAGUAAUUAGGAUGUGUUGUGGCGGAAGUUCUUCUCACCAUUUAAAGCAGCGCGUCCUGUAGGUAGAAGGGCAUCUGUCAGCUAAAAUGAUUGGCAAAUUGAUCGGUCAGAAGUAUACGGCCAUCGCCAAGUCGUGGGUCCCCACUAUGACCUUCUGGGGAACAACUGGAGGCGUGGCCCUGGUCUACUUCACAGACUGGCGUGUGAUUCUGGAUUAUGUUCCCUACAUCAACGGCAAAUUCAAGAAGGACGAGUAGAGGCAGACUUGUCAGUCAAAGGUUGGUUUCUGUUUCUUGCUUGUUACUGAUACUGAGACGUUCAUAACAAGCAUGAGCCGCUGCAGCCUGUUCAUUGGUCUGUGGUCCCACUGCAGAGCCCAUCACUAACACCUCAGUCAACACCGAACUGCUUUCAUCAACUUUUAAGUGGAAUCGUCCAGGCAUUUGACGUCUUCGUUGUUUUCUGCCAGUGUAAAACAAAAGUACGGAUGAAAAAGAAAAAGAAAAGUCAUCUCUGCUGCUUCCUCUCUACCUGCGCAGUCUGAGGAUUUAGUUUUCUCUUUAAAUCAUUGUGUUAUAUGGAUCAAAUUAGAUUCUUGAUUUUGCUUCAAGAAGAAGUAAAGUAUGUAUUCUAACUUG